AAAACAAUCGAUCCAGCUACCUUCUUUUGACUAUUAACUAUCCUUGUCUUCCGGGUGGUCAUGAAUGCUUUGAAGACAUCUGUGAAGUGGCAUUUCUUCUUCUCCAACAAGCUCUGUACGGCUGUGUCACACUGGGCUAAGGGUUCCUCAACUUGUUCAACUAUUAUCAAGCUGAGCAGUCUUUCUCAUUCCAGACCCUUGAAACGCACCUAAUUCCACGAUAUAAUGGAGGGAGAGUUUUUUUUAUCUAUUGAAAACAAAUAUUGAGUUGCUCAUCCAACUAAUCUAAUCUCAUCGACAUUUAGCCUCUGUUAAUCCUGUUUUAAAAGUAUCUAUCCGUUUGUUUUCCCUUUAAUUUGAUUCACUGCAAUUUUUAAAAGUAAAUAAUGAUAUCUUGUUAAUUAUUAAAUAAAUUAAAAUAAUAGAAAAAAAAUAAAAAAAAUCUCCCCUGCCUGUCCCUGCCAUUAGCUCCCAAAACACAAAAUCAUCGUAAGAAAGAAACAAGACAUAUUUUCCUCUCCUUUUUCUCCUUGUGGACUGCAGAGGUCGUUGGCCCUGUGGCGUACUUUAUAGAUUUUCCUUUCCUUUUGAGGUUGCUGCUGCAGAUCUUUCUCUUCAAUUGUACUGAAGUUUGUUUGUUUUGUACAGGUUCGCUGGAGAUAUAGCAUCCUUGAUUCCUAGCUUGUUGCUUCCUAGUUGUCAACAGCCAAUUUUUUGGGUUUUAUUUUUUAAGCACAAAGAUGGGUGCUUUUUGCUGCUGUCCAUGCAGUGAUGAACAUGAAGAACAUGCUUACUCGGGCAAUUCAAUAUACAGGCACUGCGUUUGCCUAAGAUUCUUUUUCCACCAGUUACGCAGUGGGUAUGGUACGGUGUUUCACAGGCUUGAAGGUAGGACUGUCUCGCCAACCCAAGAAGGUACUUCUUUGGCAUCAACUGGAGUUGGCACAGGAUUACCAGAUGGUUCUGCAAAUGACACUCAACUCUCGUCAUCCAGGCCACUCCCUUAUGAUACUGAUCAGAGGUAUGCUCAUUUGCAGCGUUAUGGUUUAGUCUCUAGGAAGUCGAUGACUCAUUUGCAAGAAGAAUCACAACCACUGAGAAGAAAUAUGAGCAGUUCUGCUGUGGAAUCAUUGGGCUUUGGAAGAAGAAGAAACGGAAUUGAUUCUGAAGAUGACAAUAAACUUGGCUAUUCAGAGUUGUCAGACAAAUAUUUAGCAACAAAAGUUGCACACGGGCUAACUUAUGUGCAACCAUCUUCUGAAGAUGAAGAUGCUUGCCCUACCUGUCUUGAUGGGUACACCCCAGAAAAUCCUAAAAUCACAACUCGAUGCUCUCACCAUUUUCACCUUGGCUGCAUUUAUGAAUGGUUGGAAAGAAGUGAAAGUUGUCCAAUAUGUGGCAAGGAAAUGGAGUUUUGUGAAAGCCCUUAAGUUGGUGUGCGUCUGAUUCACCGUCAAUGGAGGAAGAGCUCGCUGGAGUGUAAAUAAAAGCUCCCUGAGCUUUAUUUAAAAGAGGCUUGCAUAGAUUUCUCAAAAGAAAAAAAAAAGGUUUUUGCAUAAAACAAAUUUUCAUUUUCUCUGCUUACACUACCUUGUAAUUUCCUACUGUACUUGAUGGUCAAAUGCUCGUUGCUUUUCGUGUAUAUUCUACUGAUCAGUGUAUAGCUUGUAUAAACUAAUUCAUAAACAUUAUGCCGAUUCAUACAAGGCACAGCCUAAGUACUGCUGAUAUUAUUACCUCAUGCUUCAAGCUAUAGGAUGAUGCUUGACUAUGAUACACCUUUGGUUGAACCCAUA